AGAUUACGUGACACAACUUUUUUUCUGGAUAUUUAAUCAAAAGUUUACUGUGGUUUCCUUUUUAGAAAUGAAUGAAUAAAAAAUUUUUAGAAUUUAAAAAGAUACGCUUCCACCUUCUCCCAUAAUUAUUUUUUUUUAUUCAAAGCAUAAAAAUGGAAAUCAAUUUUAUUCAAACGCAAGCAUAUGUUUGCUUUUGGUUGGGAGCAUCUAUUAUGAUAUGCAUUCACAACAUGGUCGUAGCGAUAAUUUCAUAUAAAACACGUAGAACACGUAAAACACACGCUUCAAGUAUUCUUAAAAUUAUUUUCAAUUUUGGUCAAAUUAUGCGCAAUUCUGGAUCUGUUGGCUCUUAUAUAACUCCAAAAUUCCCUACAAUCCUUCAAUGUACUGUCCCUUUAUACAUUACGUAUAUUGGAAACAUCGUAUCGAGAUUAUCAUUAACAGCUUUCUUAUUAUGGAGGAUAAGGCAAAUAGAUACGGAAAGUAAAGUCUGGGAUAAACGAAUAUGCAUUUUAUUAUUUGUAAUUAGAGCUGCAUUUACGAUCCCAUACCUAAUUUUCCAACGAAUAUCUACCAUGUAUAUAUCCGAAAGUGAUACAUAUAUUUGUUAUUACGAUUUUCUUGAUAUUGCCCCUUACGGUACUGGAGGAAUUGUCACGGACUUUAUAGUUGAUAUAUAUGUGACCUCACGUUUAGUCCUUAUUUUACAAAAUGCCAAUAAAAAUGCUUCUCAAUUGUCUUUAAAUAUUAGAAGCAAGAGAACAUUAUUCACAGCUGUUACGUACUGGAAUUUUUUACGAUUAAUAAUAUCUCUCAUCUUUCAUCUUAAUGCUGUUUUGGAUAUAUUUAAUCUUGUACAAGAAGGUCCAUCAAUGACUGUAAAAUGCUUAAUACACAUUUUGCUAUCUUACGUAAUCACAAUCGAUGCUGAAAUUGUUCAAGCCAUUAAGGGUAAAGGUCAACAGAAUGGAUCGUCAACAAAUACUGAUGAUCAAACUCACAGCCAAAUUAUUGAUAAUGAUAAAAUAAUAGUUGUGUCAAUGAAAAAAUUAACAUUCUUCGAAUGUACAAGCACUAUAUUAAAAAAUGAGGAUGAGAAUGAUGAGAACCAUGGGGAUGAUGAGAUUAAAGAUGAUGACGAGAUUAAAGAUGAUGAUGAGAGUAAAGAUGAUGAUCAAAAAAUUAAUGACACAUUGAAAGAAUCUUCAAAUAUGGAAAUCAUUUUCCAUUAA